AUGUGCGGCUCAUCGCUUCUUGCAUAUUAUUUCUCGAUUGUUCUUGAAGAUAUUGGGUAUACUGAACCGGCUGAUAAGUUGAAAAUAAAUAUUGGUUUGACUGUUUAUGGUGGUGUGUGGGGGGUUGGUUUUGCAACGUAUUCUGGAAGAAUGAAACGCAGGAAGCUAUUAAUCAGUGGUCUUUUGUUAAUGUGUCUUAUGUUCAUUAUUUGGAUCAUUUUGGCCUCUAUAAAUGAGAGAACCAAUUUUGAGAAUAAGGCAAUGGGGAGAGGUAUCAUUGCAAUAAUCUAUUUAUUUUACGGAUUUUAUCAUCUGAUAUCCCCAAUAGGUAAUACAUACGUUAUGGAAAUUGUACCUUGUACAUUGAGAAGUAAGGCCGCAUUGAUAUAUAAUGUGACAAAUCUGGGGUGGGUCUUGUACAACAACUAUGUAAAUAACAUCGCAAUGGAUGCUAUUUCAUGGAGGUAUUAUAUUGUAUUUUGUGUUUGGAUAUUUGUACAAGCUUGUGUGGUUUACUUCUUUUUUCCAGAAACGUACGGAUUAGGAUUGGAAGAAGUGGCACAGAUCUUUGGGGAUAAUAUUACUGAUAUUAAAAUGACGGCUGACUAUGCGGCUAUGAAUGAGAAGCCAAGCAAAGAUAUAUUGAAUGAUGAUCGGAGUUUUGUGGAAGAAGUUUCCUCACAAAUGCAUGAUGGAAAAAAGAAGAAUAAUUUAGUUUAG